AUGGAGCAUCAUGAAGUGGUAAUUAUAGGGGCUGGCAUUUCCGGGUUGGCUGCUGCAGAACUUUUGGAUAAACAUAAAGUCGAAUACGUUAUUAUUGAGGCGAGAGAUAGAAUUGGAGGUCGUAUAGAGACGAACAGGAAAGGACUGACAGAGUACGAUCUAGGUGCUUCUUGGGCACAUGAUACUCUUACCAAUCCACUAUUUGAUAAAAUAUUAGAAGAUAAUGAGAUCCACAACUUAUACAGUCUUUACUACGAUGAUCAAUAUCCCCUUUACUUUACCAAAGACAGAGGCCCGCAAUACGUUAGCUCCAAUAAAAUUGAGCAAGUUGUGAAAGAGCUUGAAAAGUUCAUUGAAAUCAGAUACUUUGAAGAAAUUGGAAAGAGGGAUGUUUCUUUGAAAGAAAUUAUUGCUGAGUAUAUCAGAAAACAAUCUAGGGUCUUAACAAAGGAGCAGGUUUUACUUGCACCGCAGUUAGCCAGACAUUUAGAACUAUGGCAUGGUAUUGGCUGGGAACAAAUGAGCUCGAAGUUUGGAUUGGUUGAUAAUGUUGGAAGAAAUUGUCUGUUCAGAAACGGGUACGAUAAAGUAAUUGAGCAAAUACACUCAAAGUUGGAUCAAAACAAAAUAUUGAAAAAUUCUAUAGUGAAGUUAAUCGACAGAUCCACAAGCACUGUCAAAAUUGAGCUAACAGAUGGCAGAGUCAUAAACUCAAACUGGGUAAUUUGUACAGUACCGCAGAGUAUCCUACAAUUACCGAUAGGUGAAAUAGGUGCAAUAGAAUGGAGACCAUCGUUGCCUGCCAACAUCAAAGAAUCAUUGGACAACAUGAGUUGGGGAAAAUUAGGGAAAGUGGUUUUUGAGUUUGAUACAGCGUGGUGGGGUCAUCAUGAUACUGAUAGGUUUGUUGCGUUAGCUAAUUCUGAUAAUCAGUUAUUUGAAGUGUGGUGUCAAUCUACCGGAGCCUCAGCUAAAGUAGGACACACCCAGCCUAGCCCUCCAUCACCAGAAUCUUGGGAUUCACCUCUUCUAAUUCUUAAUUUUCAUAAAAUAAAAAACACCCCUGCACUUUUAUGUUUCACACAGGGCACUUUGACUGAAUAUCUUGAAGAAAACCCAGAUAGAGCAUGGGGAUACAUGGAACCUAUUCUCUCAAGACUUGCCAAUGUUGAUUUAGAUAGCGACGAAACACAAGACAAUAGGGUUCAAGUGACUCCACCAGUCAAUACAAUAGUAUCUCAGUGGACUGUAGACCCAUUUUCUAGAGGUUCUUAUGCUGCUUGCAAACCUGGCGAUGACCCUACAGAUUUGGUGAUUCAUCUUGAAAGAGGAUUAGACAAGGUUCGUUUUGCUGGUGAGCAUACCAUACUUGAUGGUGCUGGUGCAGUACAUGGUGCAUGGAUGAGUGGUAGGAGAGAAGCAGAGCAUAUUUUAAUUAGAGAAGGUAAGUUGGAGGGAGAACUCAACGAAUGGUGA